CCAUCGGGGUCCGCAUUCACCGCAUUGAACCGCCCCAACUCCAGACGUCCCCGGCCAAGAGAGCCAGGCGGGCUGUGUUUGCAUCCCGAGAUGCCAAGAGAUACAGGAGCCCAGGAACCGAGUCGCCCGAGAGGAGGAUGCUCCCGCCCCAUCUCUCCCGCAGCCGCUGCCGCUACAGCUGCCAGCCUGUCCUGAGUGGGAAGGCUUCGCUUGGAGGAAGAAAGUGCACGGGAGGCCAGAUGGAAACUGCAGCCUGUUUAUGAACUCUACCUAUUAUCUGGGGGACAGGAUACUGUAUUAUAUUUAUAGGAUGAAGAAAUCUUCUCUGAUUGCUACAUUUGUAGGAGGGAUGAGAAGAUCCAUCAUAAAAGAAUGGCGUAGCUCAUUGGUAGAGCAUAUGCACUGCAUACAAAAUACAAAAUAUUCAUGUUCAACUCUUGCUGGCAUCUUUGAGGGAAGAAAGGAUGAAAUAGUUGCUGUCCAUCUACUUAAUAGCAGUGCUGUUUUAAAAUCUAUAAUAAUCACAUGCAAAAAUAAGGCAAUUUAAGGGUCUGCAGCUAGUGCGCAUCAGGACAUCAUGUCAGAUGGCAAAGUGUUCGAGACUGCUUAUAUCUGCAUAGAGGUGCUGAUUGCCCUCAUAUCCAUCCCCGGGAAUAUCCUGGUGAUCUGGGCUGUCAAAGUGAACAAGUCUCUCCGGGAUGCCACCUUCUACUUUAUUGUGUCUCUGGCAGUGGCAGACGCAGCUGUGGGAACACUUGCAAUUCCUCUGGCCAUCAUUAUCUACCAAGGACCAACAAUGAAUUUUUACGGCUGCCUGAUGUUGAUAUGUCCUCUCCUCAUCCUGACAGAAAGCUCCAUUUUGGCAUUAUUGGCUAUUGCUGUGGAUCGCUAUCUCCGAGUCAAGAUUCCUAUCCGUUAUAAGAAUGUGGUGACCCCCAGACGUGCAGGGGUUGCUAUUGGAUGCUGCUGGCUGAUCUCCUUCCUUGUGGGCAUGACUCCGCUAUUUGGAUGGAACCAAUACGAAAAGGAAAACUCCACCUCCGACGUCACUUGCCAAUUUGACAAAGUCAUCAGCAUGAAAUACAUGGUGUAUUUCAAUUUCUUCGGGUGGGUGUUGCCUCCCCUGGUCCUUAUGCUCAUCAUCUACAUAGCUGUCUUCAAGAUAAUUCGCAAACAACUCAGCAAAAAGUUUGGAUCCAAUUCAGCAUGCCCAGAAAAAUAUUACGGGAAGGAACUGCAAAUUGCCAAGUCUCUUGCCUUGGUGCUAUUUCUUUUUGCUCUGUGCUGGCUUCCUCUGCACAUUUGCAACUUUAUCACCCUAUUAGCUCCUGAGUUGAAUCACUUGCGUACCUUCACCUCUAUUGCUAUAUGUAUGACUCAUUGGAACUCAGCCAUGAACCCCAUUGUUUAUGCAUUUAGGAUUAAAAAAUUCAGGACCACAUUCCUGCAAAUCUGGAACCAGUAUUUUUAUUGCAAACUGGACAGGAAUGCAAACAAUAUUGGUAAUACUGACAUUGCUAUUUAGGAAUCAUGGGCUGCAGGGUUUGGGGCUGCAACCUUCACACUGUACAGGAUGAUCUAGAAAUAUUCCUUUCAUUGUCCAUGGUCUCUGAGCAGGCAAAGCUCAGAGGUAACCAAAAGUAUUAUUUAUUACUUCUACUAGCAAUAUUCCUUGUACCACUUGGUAUUCUGUUCUUAAAUUGGCAUCUAUUUACCUAUUUAAAGGAGAAAUAUACCAACAAAAAGCUGUGACAUAUCUUUCAUUCCAAUAAAGAGGAAAUUAAUCUCGGUGGUUUUGUUUUUACUGUAGGGAUUUGCUAUAUAGUGUAGCAAAUGUUGAAGUCCUCAAUAUAAGAUAAUCCAGAGGAAAAAAUAAAGGGAAAUAUGGAAGAAAACUUUGACUUCAAUGGUUGUAAAACAUAGGCACUAUCUAUAUUUAAUAUUGGCAAGUAUAAUAGCUAAUAAGAGUAUGUAUGAGCAAAAUCAGAGAAGCAAUUCAUAUCCUCAUAUGUUCAGUAACUUAGUGCCAGUUGCAAGCUUAUUUCAGAUGCCACUAAGUAUUAUGUGACUUUUUUUUCUUUCUGCCAUAAAUCUUUACACAUAUAAUACCAGAUCAAUUCAAUACAUCAGCAAAAAUACAGUUGAAUAAUAGACAACAGUGGGUUCUGCCAACUUGGUGAGAUUCAAAAGGCCUUCUGCAGAUCCUAACUCAUCAAGGAGCCAGAGCCAGAGCCAGAAUCUUCUCUGUGGUGCUUCCCCUCUUCUGGAGAAGAAUGUCCCUGAAGGUAGGGUUGCCCCAUCAUUGUUGCAGUUGCUGAUAUCUAUUAA